UAUAUUUCUGUUUUGUAAAAUCAAGUCACAGUGAAAAUGAAGAUUCUCUCAUUCUGCCACAGCUCCAGAGCCAGCUCCCCUCUCCCUGGUUUUGUUGUUUUCUUCCUUAUUUGUUCUGUUCUCAAGAUGGAAUCAGCAAAGUUCACAGUGAUUGGACCCCGUGACCCUGUCAUUGCCAUCCUGAGUCAGGAAGCUGUGUUACCCUGUCACCUGUCCCCACGGAUGAGCGCUGCAAACAUGGAGCUGAGAUGGUACCGAUCUCAGUUUGCAUCUUUUGUGCACCUGUAUCGUGAUGGGAAGGAUCAGUAUGAUGGGCAGAUGCCAGAGUAUUGGAGAAGGACAGAGCUUUUGAAAGCUGGAUUCACCGAUGGAAAUGUUGCCUUGAAGAUUCUCAAUAUCAGACACUCUGAUGAAGGACAAUACCACUGCUUUGUUCAAGAUGAUACUUUUUAUGAAGAAACCAUAUUGGAACUGCGAGUAGCAGGUCUGGGCUCUGCUCCUCUCAUCUCUGUUGAGGGUCACCAGGAUGGAGGGAUCCGGGUGGUUUGUCGAUCAGCUGGUUGGUACCCAGAGCCUGAGGUGCUGUGGAAAAAUCUCAAUGGACGACAUUUACCAUCACUCUGUGAAACAAAAUCCCAAGGGGAUAACAACAUGUUUGAAACAGAAACUGUGAUCAUUCUAACAGAACAUUCAAACCAAAACUUAUCCUGUUGCAUCAGGAACAUCUUUCUCAAUCAAGAAAAGGAAUCAGCAGUUUAUAUAGCAGAUCCAUUUUUCCCGAGGGUGAAUUCCUGGAUGGUGGCUCUCAGUGUGAUCCUGGUGGUUUUGUUUGGUUUCAUUGGUCACACUGUUUAUCUCUUUAAAAUGAAAGACAAACGAGAUAAAGAAAUAAACCUACGAGAUAAAGAAAUAAGGUGGAGAAGAUCUGUGGCACCUAUAAAAAAAGCGAAUGUGACUCUGGAUCCAGACACGGCUCAUCCCAAACUCGUUCUGUCUGAGGAUCGGAAAAGUGUGAGAUGUGGAGACACCCGGCAGGAUCUGCCCGACAACCUUGAGAGAUUUGACAUUGACCCCUGUGUGCUGGGCUGUGAGGGGUUCACCGUGGGGAGACAUUCCUGGGAAGUGGAGGUGGGGGGUCAAGGAGUCUGGGCUGUGGGGGUGGCCGGAGAAUCUGUGAAGAGGAAGGGACAUAUCAGCCGUAACUCUGAGGAGGGGAUCUGGGCUGUGGAGCAGGGCUGGGCGGGUCAGUUCCAGGCUCUCAGCUCCCCUGUGACCUCCCUGCCCCAGCGCCGGGUCCCCAGCAGGAUCCGGGUUUGUCUGGACUGUGACUGGGGGCAGGUGACAUUUUUCGAUGCUGCUGAUGAGGCCCCGAUCUUCACUUUCCCACCGGGCUCUGCCUCUGGGGAGAGAAUCCGACCCUGGGUCUGGGUAGGGUGGGGAUCCCAGCUCAGACUGUGUCCCUGAGACUGGGGACUCUGAAAUUAGCAUCUCUCGCCUCACACACCCCAGUGUCUAUGACUCUGGAGGACUCCCAUCGACCCAGCCCCUGGCUCCUGAUCUCUAUGACCCCCGGCAGCUUCUGCCCCUCCCUGCAGCCCCAGAGAUGGAAGGGGGUGAAGAACCCCUGGGGCUGCAGGUGGAGCAGAGGGGCCCUGAGCGGCAGAGGUGGGGGCUGGGCAGGGGGCAGAACUAACAGCCGGGCUGGGCACAAGCAGAUGUGGGGGUGGCAGGGACACAGAAUGAAUCAAUCAGGGUUUGGGGGGGUUGGGGAGAAGCUGGAAGCUCUGCAGCAGCAGGGAGUGUUUUCUACAGAUCUGUGGGAUUAGAUCUCAUUGGGGCAGCAGGAGGGGAAGGGGUAAAAUCAGGGGAAAGAAGUGAGCAGCCAUGGGGGAUGAUCUGUGACAGGGAGGGGAAGAGAGUGGGAGAGACACAGGAAAAUAAACAGGGAUCAGAAGUGAGGCUUAGAAAAAUGAGUAGAAAAGGACAGUAGGAAAGGAAAGGGAAUGCGAGAAGGAGGUGGGGAUCUAUGAAGUGUUUCUGAAAGUGAGACUGUAGCAUUAAUUCCACCCCAUAAUUCAUGCACCUUUCAGAGCAGCACUUCUUCUAAUUUGUGGAUGUUUUUACCAUGUGGUCUGGCUAUGAAAGUUCCCUCUCAGCUCCUCUUAAGCCUGACAUUUACUUAAGGUGAAUGAAACAUAUCAGUCAUCCUUCUUGUCUGUUUCCCUUUAAUUUCCCAGCUGGGAUUUUUGAAGGCAGACAUGGGACUCCCCCCCGCCCAGCCCCCGAAAUUGGUUGUGUCAACCCAGCACGAGUGAGGAUAUCUGUGUAUGUCACUAUGAUGACAGCCUGGACCUUACAGUUUUAUGUUGCUCUCCAUCCUGCUCUCUAGGCCAUGUGUUUUAUAUAAACAUGUACGUCAGGAAUUGUUCACCUGUGGUCUGGAGAGAGCUGCUUGGGUCAUUUUACUUCUCUGCUCCCAAGCCUGCCCAUGUGUGACACCAGCCAUCAAAUUGUGUGACUGAUGUUUUCAAUCUGGAAUACCUGGAUUUCAGGGCACAUUGCCCCUCAUUCAAUAGAUUAUAACAUUUUCAGCUAGCGGGUGAAUUAAAUUAUAUAUUUUAGUUUUCUUCUUUUAAUACCCCAUGGAACCACUCAGUCCCCACUCCCGCAGCAGCCGGAUUUGUAAUAUGGCCUCCCCGGUCCCCCACCAUUAUUUCUGAGGCCAAUCACUGUUGGGGGACUUGACACACUGUUCCAUCAGGUACACAAAUGCUUACUAGCCAGAUUAGAGGUCAGAGCUUCAGCGUUCUGUGCCUGGCUCUGAUGUGCAGUGGUGGAAACCAGGUCGUAUCUAUUUUAUACAUUCAAUCCAAAGGCAGUAGGAAUGAGUGGCUAGCACCUGGAGAGGUUUCCAUAUUGGAGAGCUGGGUUCUCUUCCCAAUUCUACCUGAAGUGACCUUGUGCAGCCUCUCAAAUAGUUUGUAAUCGGGGAGAGAAAGUGUCUGAUACUUCUCUGCUAUCUUGGGCAGGGGAUCUGGUGUUGUAUUUGUGACAUUGUGAUGUGCAUGGAAAUGAAAAGAACAAAAAGGAGAGGUGACAUUUGAACUCAUGGCUUCUAAUGCUGACUUUGCCACAUGUUUGCUGGCAGAAGAGUCUCACGUGUGUCUGUGAAUGGCUGACUGCAUUUGGAGCAAGACAAAAAAAGUAACAGAAAUCAGGGAAAAUAGUGAAUUUUCCACUAAUCCAGUAACUUGGGAGCUCUGGUGGCCACAUGGUGCCGAUCUUCCUUCUUGCCAGUUGGGAAUUUGUAAUUCAAAGGCAAUUAUAGUGUGUGAAAUGCGUUGCUCGUGUGACUCUGACAGACCAGCUCAGAUCAGAGCAAUAAUUCACUUGUGUCUGAAUAUCAAAGAAGGGUUAAGUGUAUCAAUGUGUAUUCAGGCCAAUUCACUGGUGCAGAUAGAGAUCAAACCAGAGAUGUUAAGUGUAUUGUUUUUGCUUGUCUAAAUCUUCUUGUUUAUUAUUACAUUACCUUUCCAUUCUGUAGUCCCUAGUAAGCAGAUAACCCUAAACUGAAGUGUGUGUUAGUGUUAAGUUAAGAAGAUGUCUGAUGUGAACACUUCAUGAAAACUAAUAAAGGUUGUUUGUUGUUA